GUAUAUGCUUUGUUAAGUGAGUCAGCAAACAAUUUUUUACCCAAAAAAAAAACAAACUAAGCCAUCCGAUCACAGGCUCCUCGUCUCCUUCCGUCCAAACACGGACUGAACAAACGCCAAAACAAAAGUGCUGCUAGUUAGAAAACAAGCGCCUUCAUUUCCUUCUCCAUUUCCCCCAGCCGUUAGAUUCUUUCAAAACCCAGAUUUCAACACAACGGCCAGAAUUUAGGGUUAGGGUUAAACUUUAUUUUUCGUCACAGAAGAAAUUGGGUUUAAUGCAAUUGGGAAAUUUGAGAGAUUGAUUGGCAGUGAAAAGUUGUGAGUUUGAAAAUUUUUUAUGGCUAGUGUAUAGAUAUAGGUACAGAUAAGAUGGAUGGGAUACAUGGGAAGAAUGGCAGGAUGCAUAUGGGUAAUGAUGUGCAACAGCCAAUGCAUCAUCAUGUACAUUAUGCACAUCAUCAUCAUAUCAUGAAUGGGAAUGGGAUGGUUGACGAUGAUGAUGUUCAUCACGCUCAUCAUCAUCAGCAUGAUGUUGAUGAUAAUGUUGGUGGUGGAGAAGCUGAGGGAGUAGAAGCAGGGGAUUUGCCCUCUGAUCACCCCGGGGUUCUUUCUGAUAACCAGGGCCCCGAUAAUGGUGACCAGCUUACUCUGUCUUUCCAGGGUCAAGUUUAUGUAUACGACUCCGUUCCACCCGAAAAGGUUCAAGCCGUGCUCUUAUUAUUGGGGGGGCGCGAGGUACCACCAAUCAUGCCUGCUAUCCCUAUAACUACUCAGAAUAAUAGGGGAUUACCUGGUACUCCACAACGGUUUAGUGUCCCACAGAGAUUGGCCUCACUGCUUAGAUUUCGUGAAAAGCGAAAAGAGCGGAAUUUUGACAAGAAAAUUCGCUAUACUGUCCGUAAAGAGGUAGCACUAAGGAUGCAAAGAAAUAAAGGUCAGUUUACAUCUUCGAAGCCUAAUACUGAUGAUUCUGUAUCAGCCGCCUCAAGCUGGGGCUCAAACCAGAGCUGGGGUGCAGAUGGUAAUGGAUCACAAAACCAAGAGAUUGUUUGUCGACAUUGUGGCAUCAGUGAGAAAUCUACACCAAUGAUGCGACGUGGACCUGAAGGGCCAAGGACCCUUUGCAAUGCUUGUGGACUUAUGUGGGCUAAUAAGGGAACUCUAAGGGACCUCUCUAAGGCAGCACCUCAGACUGGUCACAGUUCUUCCUUAAGCAAGAAUGGGGAGAAUGUAAAUUUUGAGGCUGACCAGGUGGUUAGGAUAGCGGAAAAUGUUAGUGGCUCAUCAUGAUGGCCAUUUUGGCUUGAGUUGAAAUGUUGAGAAAUUUAAUAGGAUCAAAGUAAGAGGAGAGUGCCCAUCUUAUCUCAUUUAGAUGAGUUCAUAAGGAAUUGUAUUUUGAUGUGAAAUUCAUGCAAUUGAAUUUAAAUUGACAUUCUGCAUGGGGUCUCUGUUGUCACCCUUGAACAGACCCCAGGCCUUCUGAAGACCUUGGUAAAUUAGGGCUAGACGGUCAAUGCCAUCUGUCCCUCCUAUUGAUGUACUUGGUUUGAAUAUAAUAAGUAUUUUGUGUAA